UGGCGGAUGGUGUGCUCGGUGGUCACCAUGGAAACGAGACGCAAACAUUGCAAGCCGGAGCGCGUGGACGAGUGAGGAAGAGGAAGAUGCCGAGGAAGGUGAAGAAAGGAGGCGGGGCGUCGGAGGAGGAAGGGGAGGAGCUUCUUCUGCGACGUCGCCGAGCCCAAGAACAACAAGCGGAAGUGAACAGGAAUAGGGAGGAGCUUCUCACACUCUUCCUAACAGUCAAAGUGCAGAAGGAGGAGCACAACUCCCGCCUCAACCAGGCGAAGAUCAAGCGGGCCUGGCGCGUCAUCCUCCGCCAGGCGCGCUCGCAACGGCUGUGCGAUGACAUCAUCAUCUCGAGACAGACCUUCGAGCGACAGCUGGACGGCCUGGACGACGUCAUCAAGAGCUUAUCAGGUGACCUCGAGGAGGCGGAGCGUCAGUGUUGCCGCGUGCGUCGUCUUCACCUUCAUCACGUCGAGCGUCUGCGGGCCGCGCUGGACGAGCGCGCGGCGUCGGUGCGGCGCCGCUGGGAGGGAAAUCUGCGAGACGUCUGCCGAGGCUUCGCGGCGGAAGAGAGGAACAAGAUGGCGUCGCAGCGCGGCGGUCCGGAGGACCUGGCGUUCACGUUCAUCGCGAGUGACGUCCACGCGGCGUACGGCGACAUCGUGGCGGCCCAUCGCGUCGCUCGGCGGGAACGAGUGGCGGCGCCGCGCGACGCGGACGACGAGCGGUGCCAGAAGCGGGAAGCGGAACGAGCGCGCAGCCCCGCCCGACUUCUGAUGUCCGGGAACCGAAGACCGCUCGACGACACCGGCAAGGACGUGGCGAGAGUGCGCAGGCUGCAGGCCGCCGUCACGGCGCUGCGUGCGAAGCUGAGCGCGUUCCAGACCGAAACGGCGUCCGAGGCGGACGCGCUGGCGGCGGCGAGCGCCGAGGUGACGGCGAAGACUCACCGUCUCCGUGACGACCUGAGCGAAGCUCGCCGGGCGUCCGGAAAACGUCUGUCCGUCCUGGCCCUCCGAACGGACGCCGCCUCGCGGAAGCUGCGGACGGUCGUCGCAAAGGGCGAGAAGGUUUUGCAGGCCGCCUCCGUCUGCAGCAAGAUACAACACGCGACGUCUUCUUGGCCACACGGUGGCGAAGACGAGCAGCCGGGAGCGGCGCGACCGCCCAAGACAUUUCCAGAAGUUCAUCAGCUGACUCGCCGCCUCAACCGGGCCCUGCUGCAGCGAGACGCGCUCACCGAACGCGGCAAGGAGCUGCGUCGAGACAACCGUCGGCUCGGGGAUCUGCUCCGCCGCCGCCUGGACGGCGUGACGCUCGGAGGAGGGCGAGACCUCGUCGCCGUCGAGGGCUCGGCCGUCCUCGGCCUCGGCCGCGUCGUCAAAAACUCGCUCGUGUAACGAGUGACGAGGCGGGCCUUGACUCUGGCGGUGCGACGUCCUCGCAAUGAAAACAAAUGCCAGUUGGAAGACUAGAAAAAAUACUUUAAUUGUGGUACUCAUGCAGGACACCAACAGGAAGUAAUAACGCGUCACGUGGUAAACGUCAGCUGCUCGCCACACCAGCAAUCCCUUAAGUUAAAACAAAAUAUAAGCCAAUCGGGAGGCAGCGUGGGCUCCAGGGUGGCUUCUGAUUGGACAUCUCCUCCCGGAGUCUUGACUGCCUAAUAUGGACAUCGAAGCGUGAGAAUGGCGGCAGUGAGCGACGUGGUUCCGCCCCCCCGAGCGGAUGCUAUGCGGUCAACCAAUCGGCGGAGGGGCUCGGAAAAAUAAAAUCAAAUAAAUAAAAUAUCAAUGAGUUGGCAGUUAUUUCCUGGAUUUUGACUGACAGUUGCCAUGA